GCCUAUACGUCAUCGAGCGUUAGUACGAAACGGGGGUAAAUGUCAUUGCGACAUUUUCCAGUCGAAGAACUUUCCCGAGGCGAAAUUUUCCUUCUACGCUAACCCUGCAAACUCCGUUCAAAGUGGAACACCAAUGUGAAGCACAAAGCAUGACAAGAAGACAAGUUGGCUGAUACCAACAAGAUGGAACUACUACACUAGCGGCCUAAGAUAAUUGUUUGUUGAGUAACGACUCCGUCACAAAAUGUAACACGAGUAACGAAAUGCUGAUCAAAAUUUCGACUCGAGUAUCUUCUCGCGAAUUCCUCAAACAUUCGUCAAAGUUGUAAACUUUUGGUAAUAAUACGUGGCUUGACGCACCCGGAAAAUGUGUGCGAUGUAUCGCUGCCUACGUCUCGACAUGCUGCGUUCUCCGUCCUGACUUUUCAAUCCAGCUCUGUCUUUUCUGUCUUUUCUGUCGCACUCUGAAUAUUUGUUCGUAGCGCUAGCGUAAAUAUGAUUCGAGCGAUGAAACUCGAUGCCGACGAGAGCUUGAUUAAACACCUCAAAAACCGGCGAAAUACUUUAAUUACGCGACACCGAUCCUGAAUAACGCGCUAGUACGCGUACUCCGCGCCCGUCAUGUUUGCCACUCAUCGGCUUGUGUGACUAAAAAUCGAUUCUGAAUCGAGAAAGUCGAUUUCGAUACAGACGAUUCGACACUGUCGAAUCGAUAGUAAUGAUGUAGAAACACUAAACGAUACGUCCAACUAAAACAAACACUGUCGUUAUUUGUACUCAAUAACUUCGGGUCGCGAGAGAAGUAUGUAAAUAAUAUUGCUUGUCUUUCUUGUGCCUAAUCUAACCUAAUCUAACCUAAAGUACAUUUAAUGUACGUCAGUAAGACGGAAGGGACGAUAUUAUUUGGAGAUGUCUUCGUCUGAUAAGCCGGCUUGUAUCAGUUUUCUUGAAAUUGAUUUUUUAAGUCCGAUGUCUUCAGCAAAUCGAUUAUAGUUGUUUCGAGUCGAGAAUCGAUUUACAUGCUGACAAUCGAACGUCUAUAUUUCUGAUGUCGCGAUUCCGAUCACGGGGAUUAGGGGAUUUGGCGUUGGGGAAUUCGUCUUGGAGACACGCCGCAGUCACUCAUAGAAAGAAAGAGAGAGAGAGAGAGAGAGAAAGAGAUAGUGAGACUUCGUUCACGGAGAAAGACGCGUCGCGCGGGUCGCAACAGUCACCGCUCGUCCGUUCAACGAUUAGAGGCCACAACAAUCAACAUUUUCAAAACAUUCCGUAGACGAGAUUAAGAGCUUAUCUUCGUAUGUACGUAGCGUGUUUUUCCGAGUGUUUCCAUUAUACGUUGAGCCGCGGUACGAUACACAUACCGCGCAGCGGUAUCGGUGCGAUAGUUUUCAUUCCCGUCGUGAGGUUAAAAUAUUUCGUCGCGACUCUUGAAAUAUUCAAUUGGACUUUUGUCGGCAUCUCGUCGAUUAACAUGUGUUUCUCCGAUCGAGUUGUAUAUACGCGAGUGUCAGUGCGACGAAUGAGUAUUCAGAGAAUGCCACAACGGAGUAACCGGGAGUCAGGAUGCAGGAUGCAAGUUACUGGGAAGCAAGUAGCAUUACAUCGUUCAUUUUCAAAGAUCUUCAAGGAAAUAAUGUAUCGGUGAUAUUCAAGACAGAUUUCGAAGACAUGGCAACGCUCCACGUUUUAUUGCUGUCCAACAAUCAAAUUCACACCAUCGAGAGAGGGGCGUUUCAAGAUUUAGUGGCAGUGGAGAAGCUACGUCUAAAUAAUAACCAAAUACGCCAUUUACCCGAUCUUCUCUUCAGCAAUAUGAUGAAUUUGAAACGUCUAGACCUCAGUCACAAUCAGAUCGCCACUAUAGGACCGAAGACUCUCAGAGGAGUGUCCGCUCUCAGACAUUUAUUGCUCGACAACAACGUAUUGACCUGUAUAGACGAGGCUUCGAUACGAGAACUGAAAGAUUUGGAAAUAUUAAUGCUCAACAACAAUAAACUCGUGACCCUCGGCAAAGAGACGCUGAGCGGCUUGUCACAUUUGCGAACUUUGAAGCUCACGGAUAACGCACUAGCUUGCGAUUGCCAUUUAGCAUGGUUAUCGCGUCAUUUGAGAACUUACCCUCGCCUAGGGCAACAUACGCGGUGCGCAUCUCCGGUUCAUCUCAAGGAUCGCAAUCUUGCGGAUCUGCAGGAGCACGAGUUCAAGUGUUCAGGCCUGGUCGAGCGAACGGGAUCGGAAUGCAGCGCUGAGCCCCAGUGCCCGCAUCCUUGUAAAUGUGCCGAUGGGAUCGUCGAUUGCAGGGAGAACUCCUUGACGAAAGUGCCAACCCACCUUCCCGAGGACACCACUGAACUGCGGUUGGAGCAGAACGGCAUCACGGAAAUUCCACCCAAGGCCUUCUCGCCGUAUAGAAAAUUGCGAAGAAUUGACUUGAGCAAUAACCAGAUCAAAAAAGUAGCGGCGGAUGCUUUCCAUGGACUGAAGUCUCUCGAAUCCAUAGUUUUAUACGGCAAUAAAAUCGCAGAGUUACCAGCUGGUCUUUUCCAAGGACUGACAAAUCUGCAAUUGUUGUUGCUGAAUGCCAAUGAGAUAUCGUGCAUACGAACCGACCUGUUCAAGGACCUGACCAGUCUCACCUUGUUGUCUCUUUACGACAACAAUAUACGUUCAUUAGCUAAUGGGACGUUUGCCAACCUGCGAAGCAUUAAAACGCUACAUUUGGCGAGAAAUCCGUUCAUCUGCGACUGCAAUCUACGCUGGUUGAGCGCAUACCUUCACGCGCACCCUAUAGAGACAUCUGGUGCUAAAUGCGAAAUGCCAAAGAGAGCGCAGAAGCGAAAGAUCGAUUCGAUGCGGGACGACAAGUUCAAAUGUAAGGGUGAUGAGGAACUGUUGACGAAAAGGGCCGGCGAGUGCAUCCUGCCUGGCGCUUGUCCUGCGCCCUGCACGUGCAACGGUGCGACAGUCGACUGCUCCAACAAAAGAUUAACUUCGAUGCCGAAAGACUUGCCGCUCUAUACGUCGACUUUAUUGUUGAGCAACAAUGAACUAGACAAGAUCAAAGCGGACGGUCUCUUCGAGAAGCUACCCGAGCUGCAGCAUCUGGACCUUAGGAAAAAUAAAAUAUCUCGCAUCGAGGCGUCCGCUUUUCAAGGAGCUCACAAUCUCACCGACCUGCUUUUGUCCGAGAAUAGGCUGCGAGAAGUGCACAACAAGAUGUUCUCCGGCUUGUCGAGCCUUAAAACACUGAAUCUCCACGGUAAUGCUAUUACGUGCGUUAUGCCAGGAUCAUUUGACGGGAUGGCGCACAUACGCACCAUCAACAUGCAAGGUAAUCCGCUGUCGUGCAACUGUUAUCUCGCGUGGUUCGCGGGAUGGCUCAGGAAACGAGAUAUGGUCGGUAUCACUGGACGUUGUCAUGAUCCGCCGCGAUUAAAAGAUGCUGUCAUCAAAGACAUUCCGCACCACGAGUUCAAGUGCAACAACGACAGUGUAGGUUGCCUAGGCGACGAUUACUGCCCGCCUCGAUGUAAUUGCGCGGGUUCAGUGGUGAGAUGUUCGAGGUCUCAGCUUACAGAGAUUCCACGCGGGAUUCCACCGGAAACCACCGAGCUGUAUUUGGACGUGAACGACAUCAAGACGAUCCAGCCGGAGAGGCUGAACCACCUGAGGAUUCUCACCAGACUGGAUCUGAGCAACAACCAGAUCGGAAUGCUGUCCAACGAUACCUUUAGGAAUCUCACGAAGCUGUCGCACCUAAUCAUCAGUUACAACAAGCUGCAGUGUGUGCAGCGAAAUGCCCUCGCGGGAUUGAAGAACCUGCGGAUAAUUUCACUGCACGGCAACGACAUAUCGGUGAUUCCAGAGGGAGCGUUCGAGGAUCUCAAGUCUAUAACGCAUCUCGCCCUAGGGUCCAACCCGCUUUACUGCGACUGCAGCAUGCGGUGGUUGGCUGAAUGGGUGAAGAAAGAUUACGUGGAGCCUGGUAUAGCCAGAUGCAUGGAGCCUCCCGCAAUGAGAGACAAAUUGCUUCUGACAGCACCGGCCAGCGCCUUUCAAUGCAAAACCAAGCAACAGCCAGCCGAAGUCUUGGCCAAGUGCGACCUGUGUUACACCUCGCCAUGUCAAAACGGAGGAUUUUGCGAGGCGCUUCCGGAACGGCAAUUCCGUUGCAAGUGCGCGCCAGGAUAUCAUGGGGACCGGUGUCAGCAUAAAAUUGACGCGUGCUAUGGAAAUCCUUGCAGGAACUCCGGAACUUGUAAAGUACUGGAAGAAGGGAGAUUCAGUUGCGACUGCGCCCCCGGCUACAAGGGACUUCGAUGCGAGAGCAACGUCGACGAUUGUGCCAACAACAGGUGCUCUAACAACGCAACCUGCGUCGACCUCAUCCAGGCCUAUCGAUGCGACUGCGCCCCAGGAUUCAUGGGAGAGUACUGCGAGGAAAAGAUACCCUUUUGUACAAAAGGGCACGACCCCUGCGAGAACGGGGGUCGAUGCGUCGACCACAAGACCCACUACAGCUGCGAAUGCCCGAUCGGCUUCGCCGGUCUCAAUUGUUCCACAAACUUGGAUGAUUGCGUCGAUCAUAUGUGCCAGAACGGUGCUACUUGCAUCGACGGCAUAAACAAUUACGAGUGUAAGUGCGCGGCGGACUUUACGGGGAGAUACUGCGAGGCUGCACCCUCGACAGCUAUGCUGUAUCCGCAGACCAGUCCGUGUGCCCACCACGACUGUCAGCACGGUGCUUGCUUCCAGCCCGCUCCCGCCUCCGCCGCGGACUAUCUUUGCCAGUGCCAUCCCGGCUAUACCGGAAAACGAUGCGAGUACCUGACGAGUCUGAGCUUCGUGGACAACAGCUCGCUGGUCGAGCUGGAACCGCUACGCACGAGGCCUGAGGCGAACGUGACCAUCGUAUUCACGACCACGCAGGAAAACGGGGUUCUUCUCUAUGACGGGCAAAGCGACGGGCAUAUCGCCGUCGAGCUCUUUAAUGGGCGGAUCAGGGUUUCGUACGACGUAGGCAAUUAUCCUACCUCGACGAUGUAUAGCUACGAAAUGGUGGCCGAUGGCAAGUCUCAUAUGGCGGAGCUGCUGGCCAUCAAGAAAAAUUUUACAAUGAGGGUUGACCGGGGCCUCGCCAGGAGCAUUAUCAACGAUGGUCCGAAGGAGUACCUCAAGCUUGUCACGCCGAUGUUUGUCGGUGGCGUAACGCCAGAAGUCGCAAAAGUCGCAUUUACCGAGUUUCACCUGAGGAACAUUACGAGCUUCCAAGGCUGCAUCUCCGAGAUGUGGAUCAAUCAUAAGUUGGUAGACUUCAGUAACGCCGCAAAGAUGCAUCGCGUUACUCCCGGAUGUACUUCUAGCGAGGAAGAGGCCGACGAGGCGAGGGAUAUUGUUGAAGCCGAGGGAAUUAACAAUAGUGGCAGUAACGAAGAGUCCAUGCCGCAAGAGCACGUACCUCGCGAACAUUCUGAUGUCAUCGUAUCGGUAACUGGACUGAUACCUUCGCACGCAUGUAUCGGUCAUGAAUGCAGAAAAGGCUCCCAAUGCGUACCAUCACCGUUUGGCAACAACUACUCCUGCCGAUGUCAAACUGGUUGGCAAGGACGAUACUGCGAGAAACCAGCAACCUGUCGCAAGGAGCACAUAAGGGAAUAUUACAGUGAGAAUGGAUGCCGAAGUAGACGACCCGUGAAGCUCGCUAAAUGUUGGGGAAGUUGCGGAAGUUCUUGCUGUUUACCGCGAAAGACUAAGCGGCGCAAGGUCCGAUUAAUUUGUACGGACGGCAUGCGGUACACCAAGGACGUUGACCUGGUGCGUAAGUGCGCGUGCACUCGCAAGUGUUACUAGCCAGUCGACGUAUCGCGGCCCGAGUUUCGUCGACACACGUCGAGAUGUAAAACGAGACCGAGAAGAAACCCCCGGAUCCGAAGUAACAUCCCCGCUCGUGCUUCCACGUGUCCUCGAAGAUGACGAAUGGGAACGCCAACGAGGCAAAGUAGGAAAAAGCGGCGACGCGUCCUCGGCAUUCCUAUGGUAGUAUUCGCGAGACACGUGGGUCGAAAAAGUGCGUGAGGCGAAGUGCAGGCCAAAACUAGAUGGACACACACAUAGCCGGCUCAGUGUGAUAUGUAUUAUUAAUGAGAGCAAGGGAGAGAAAGAGAGAACGAGAGCGAGCGAGUGAGCGAGCGAGAGAGACAGAGAGAAAGAGAGAGAGAGAGAGAGAGAGAGAGAGAGAAAAUGAGAAUAUAUCGUACAUAUAUAGCUACGGACUAUCGAUAUUCGAAGCAGUUAAACGUAUACUAGGUAUUAUUCGUAUAUAAUGACCGAUAUAAGUAUAUAGCAACGUGAACGAGUGGAUGAAAGAAGGGUGACGCGAGCGCACGCGGACAAUGUGUCUGUGUUUGCUAUCGCAGACCGCGGACGCGGGUGCUCGCGCGUUCGUAACAUUUACGCACGAGUGCGUAUUAUUACGCCGUUGAUUUAGCGCGGAAUGGACCUAACUGAUAAUCGGCGAUUCACGGCUGCGUGCAAACAGGCUUCCGUAAUCUUUUUUACAAGAUAUAUACGCAACGCUUUCUGUUUCAUACAUUUGUCUCACAACGGCGGUCGUAAUUUUCCUUCGAGGAAAAUGACUUUUCGACGCAACGCCGAUACGACUGUAGCCUAUUAUUUAAAAGUUAUUUAGAAUCGUUACAACAGAGAGUAUCUAGAAAAUAUCUAGUAAUUCGAUGCGUUAUUCGAAAUUUAUUAUUUCUACAAAGGAGCUAUAAUCGUAAAUCUUUCUUAGGAUAACGAGAAACUGAAAGUUUGCAAGUAUCGAUCACGAAGCUUAGCCUCACGUUAGGUCUAUUUCCUUUUCAGCGAACUUUUACACUAAACGUGAAAUCUUUGAUCGCAUAGCUAUUUCUAUUCACCGAGCAACAGUCUUGAAAUUUUUGCAAUAGAAGAUAUAUGCGAGACGGAAAGUAAAGAAAUAAAUGUUUGCGAGAAUGACGUCAAGUGACUGCAAGAUUGUUUCCGCUGCAAAUUGUUCUGUUUUGACGUUUGAAAGCAUCUCGCUUGUACAAUACGCGCAGUACGGACACAACAUUGUCGUAUAAAUAGCCAAUAAAUCUAAACCUCAACACAGCGACCGACGGAAAAUUGAAAACAAAGCGGCGUGUCUCUUGCCUUUUCCAUCAGUUUAGUUACAGUGCUGCUAAUUUAGCAUUUUAACAUUUAGCAUUUUAACCAUACAACCUUUACCUAGUAUGAGUAUCAACCCGCCGAACAAACGGCUAUGCCAAGAACAUACGACAUGCAGAGUCACGAGUGCGCAACAAAAGACUGCACAGAGAUAAGUGUCCAACUGAAUGCGAAGUAGAAAUAUAUUUAAAAUAUCGAAGAAAAACUCGAUUCACAAAGUACAAUUGUCAACGUUUCCUUAUUUCGUCCCUUUCACCGAUAGCAGCAGUGGGAAUGUAGCUUAAUUUUUGUAAAAGCCAAGAAAUCACGCCGUGAUGCCGGACACAAUCGUCAAGACGGACUGCAUCGCGAAUUUCGAAGGGCACGCUUCGAAUUUUUGCACAUUACGGCCUAAUAAUCCGUUUCGAGAUGCGAGGUGCAGCCUAUAUGUAAGCUACACACGGAGUAAUGGGGAGACACGCGAGCGAUCGGAUCGAUGAUUUCGACACCGCGAACGAUGAUAGGAAAAUACGAAUUAUGAAAAGUGAAACAAUGUGCGCGUAAUAUUUCGUCGAUCGUGUAUGUGUAUAUAUAUAUAACGUAUACACAAUAUGUAUGUAUAUGUAUGUGUGUGUGUAUGCACACGCGCACGCGCACACACACACACGUUAUCUCGGAAUCAUCGAUAAACCGAAAAACUCCGAGACGGAGUUUGCCGCGAUAUAAAAACGCGUAAUUAUUUUUGUAUAAGCGCAUUAUUUAUAUCUAAGCUAAUUUGCCGUUAGUUUAAUCAAAGAACGUAAUGCAUUCGUAUUACUUAAGUCUCUAUUAAUAUAUGGCGUAUUAUGUACCUAUGCUGUAACCUAUUUAUACGUAUCUAUCUUAUUCCCGGAAAAACUGCAUCGCAUCUUCCACUGCCAGUAUUUAUACGUAUUUAUUCCGUUUCUUUUUAUUUUAUUCUAUAAUAACACCUCCGUUAACCUACCUACUUGCCCCUGUCCAUGCUUCAUACAACAUACACAACUUACUCAAAGUACGAACAAACAUCUCUCUCGACGUGCUUCACUAUCAUCCUUCACGAUUUCGACGCGAUCUUACCACUUUAACGCGUACGCCCUGCGAGAAAGUACCAAUCUUAGAGUUUAUAUAGACAUAGCUUCUGACCGCGCUCGACGGCCGUGAAACAAUCACAUUGCCGUAUUUCCUAGAGUUAUUUCCAAUUUCACUGCCAUCGUACAACUGCCCUGCUUGAGUAAGCAGUAUUUUUCUGACCACAACAAACGGAAGAGAUAUUUAUCGGCUCGAAGACAGAAAUAUUGAAAAUAUUUUUUUUACAUUUAUUCUGCUCGCUUAGUUUCAUUAUGCACGAGAAGCUUAUUUAUUCUGUUGCGAAACGAAAAUAUAAAAGGUGAAUAAAACGAAAAAUGCAAAAAUUGAUAAGCCGUAAAAACGCGUACACAACGCGAUCACAUACAUGUUGUAUCGACUUUCAAAACGAACAAGGCCGAAAAUUGCGAUAUUUAGCAAUUUUAGCUUCAUACAAACAUACACAACCUACUCAAAGUACGAACAAACAUCUCUCUCGACGUGCUUCACUAUCAUCCUUCACGAUUUCGACGCGAUCUUGCCACUUUAACACGUACGCCCCGCGAGAAAGUACCAAUCUUAGAGUUUAUAUAGACAUAGCUUCUGACCGCGCUCGACGGCCGUGAAACGAUCGCACUGCCGUAUUUCCUAGAGUUAUUUCCAAUUUCACUGCCAUCGUACAGCUGCCCUGCUUGAGUAAGCAGUAUUUUUCUGACCACAACAAACGGAAGAGAUAUUUAUCGGCUCGAAGACAGAAACAUUGAAAAUAUUUUUUUUUACAUUUAUUCUGCUCGCUUAGUUCCACUGUGCACGAGAGGCUUAUUUAUUCUGUUGUGGAGCGAAAGUAUAAAAAGUGAAUAAUGAAACAAAAAAUGCAAAAAUUGAUAAGCCGUAAAAACGCGCACACAACGCGAUCACAUACGAUGUCGUAUCGACUUUCAAAACGAACAGGGCCGAAGAUUGCGAUAUUUAGCUCUAUUGUCUCUUCUUUGUAUACUUUGUAACAGAGAAAUGAGCAAGCGUGUAAAUGCGAUAUAUGCGACAUAUAUGAUUUGAUAGUAUUAAUAGUUGCGCGUGAAAGAGUUUCUCCUAUGUUUGCUGAAUCACUUGGCCGUCAGUCUGCAAUUAGUCCAAUCUGAGUAUGAAUUUUUACAAAAAAAAAAACACUCGACGUUGGCGUUUAUCGGAGGAGAACAAAUUUUGUAAUACGAUAUUCUGUACAUUUGGUCCAACGAAAUACAAAUAAACAUACGCAAAGCAGCGUACAUUCAUUACCGGCGCGUCUAUUGUGUCACAACGGCUCGUCUUUCGUGUUUCUCUUUAGUAUGAUUCUACACUAAACAUUAUUAAAUAUAAAUUGUAGAAAUAUUACUCUCCUUCCCCCCCCCUCUCUCUCUCUCUCUCAUUCACUCUCUCUCUCUCUCUCUAAUGGACACGAUUCGGUCACAGGCUGCACAAAUCACACGAAUACGUUCAGACAUAAAUACAUUCCUCUUUUUCUUUUUAUUUCUUUCACUACUCAGUGCAAGCGCAAUGUUAUCUAUCAGCUGGAAACUGAUUGAUUCAAGCGCAAAAUUGUUGUUAUGAUUUUACGUGACACACACGGUAAUAUUCGUCGUAUAACAUGUUUAUAUCAUAUAAAAUUGUAUAACACGGAGAAAUAUAUAUGUGGUGUUUAUCAAAAACUAUAUACAUCUAUAUUGAACAAUAAUAAAACGGAAUUCUUAUAAUGUC